CAGGUACAUAGACAACCAUCGAUGUCAGGCUGCAGCCAAGCAGAGCCGUUCACGCUGUACCUUUAAGGUAAAUACCUCUGUAAGGGGCCACUCCCUUUGUGCUGCUCCCUUUGGGGACGCUGCGUCUUCAGCUGCUCACGGCGACACUCGGGAUAAAAUUUACGCGCGUCCAAUUGCCUACCUGAGGAUUUAUAUGGGACGAGUUGUGGAUACUUGCAAGUCACCCACAGAGCUGCCGUUUCAUCAAUGAACCUCUGACUGCUUUCAAUGUCUUUGAAAAGACUCAUGGUCCGCUGAAACUGAACACCGGCAUUUUUCAACUAUGGGAUACAUUCAGAAGACCAAGAGUAUUUUGAAAUGUGUGCUUUGCUUCCCGAUCAUGCUCGGAGUUUUCUACUUCACUUCUCCAUCUCUAAGACUUUUAAUAGGUCUGUUGCCAAUGGACAAGUGCUCUUUAGAAAGUGGAAAGAUGCUGAAUCUGGACAACAGUGUCGAUGCCACCUUAGACCUUUGGUCUAGACGUGACGUCCAAACAUGCACAUCUUGGAAAGCUCCCAUCAUCUGGGAGGGGAUGUUUGAUCCUGAUCUUUAUGACCAGAUGCACAAAAAGGAGGGAACCUCGGUCGCUUUGACUGUGUUUGCAGUGGGCAGGUACCUAGAGGAAUAUCUUGAGGUCUUCCUGAACUCAUCAGAGCAACACUUCAUGUUGGGUUUGCCCGUGUCGUACUAUGUAUUUACAGACAUGCCAGAGAAAGUGCCAGAAAUCAGGCUUGGUCCUGAGCGAAGCCUGCAAGUGAUCAAAGUGGAACGACACUCCAGGUGGCAGGACAUCUCUAUGAUGCGAAUGAAGACGAUAUUAGAUGUGAUAGAGUCGGACAUUCGCCACCACUGCACGCACGUCUUCUGCUUUGAUGUGGAUCAGGUGUUUUCUGGGAGAUUUGGUUCUGAGGCUCUGGGAGACUCUGUGGCUCUGCUCCACGCCUACUACUACCGCAUUCCAAAGAAGCUCUUCACCUACGACCGCAACCCGAAGUCCAAAUCGUACAUGGGAACUGGAGAUUUCUACUACCACGCCGCGGUCUUUGGCGGCUCGUGGAAAAGUGUAAAAGCCCUGACUGAGGCCUGCUACCAAAACAUCAUGGAGGAUAAACAAAACAAUGUGGAGGCUUUGUGGCACGAUGAGAGUCAUCUAAACAAGUACUUUUGGCUUCACAAACCAAGCAGGGUGCUUUCGCCAGAGUACUGCUGGGACACCAGUAUCGGUUACAGAAGUGACAUUCGAGUCACUCGACUACUGUGGGCACCAAAACAUUAUGAUACACUGCGCACUCCUUAGUGUGUUUUACAUGGAGAAAUGUGCCAAAUCACCUACUGUACAGUGCCUAUAAAAAGUAUUCACCCCCAUUUGGAAGUUUUCUCCUUUUGUUGCUUUUUAACGCUGAAUCGUGGUCAAUUUGACUUUCUGACAAGAAUUUACAAAAAAGAGCUUUUCAUGUCUCAGUGAAAACAGUUUUACACAAAUUAAUGUCAACCAAUUAAAAAAAUCUAAUGUAAAAUAAGUGAUUGUGUAAGUUUGGCCACAAUUACAGCUGUGUCUCAGUCAGCCCUGCACAUCUGGACACAUUUUACCCAGUUCUUUGCAAAACGGUCUGGUUGCACUGGGAUAGUGAUAAGUCCAGUCACAAAUUCUGAAUUGGAUUAAGGUCACUGCAGAACUUCCACUUUGUUGUCUUGAAACCACUUCUGUGUAGUCAUGACCAUAUACUGCAGGCCAAUGUCUGGCUAGGAAACAAAUCCUCUCCCAAGUCCAAUGUUUUCUUGUAUUGGGUUUAUCCAGGAUUUUUAUUAUACUUUCUGCAUUUAUUCUGUCCUUUACCUUUACAAACUCUCCAGGGCCUACUGCCAAGAACCAUACAGACAUCAUGAUACUGCCACCACCAUGCUUUAGGGUGUGUUUCUCAUCAUGUGUUUGGUAUCGAGUCUGAUGGCCAAAAAGCUCAAAUUUGACCUCAUCAGGAGUCAUAGGUGUCUUGGUGGCCUCCCUCAUUAUUUUCUUUCUUGAGCGGUCACUCAGUUUUUGUGCCAUAUAAAUGCGUUGUAUAUUAAUUGCGCUCCUCAUUGAUGAAUUUAACUUUACUGUAAGGAAUAUUCACAAACUUCAACAUGUUCUUGUGUCCACCCCCGGCUUAUAGUUUCAGUAACCUUCUCAUGAAGUUGCUUGAAAUGUUAACUUGUCUUCAGGGUGUGGGGAGUACUAGACCAUCCAGAUACAUGCGUCCAAUUACUACUACUAUCUCUCAGAUAAUCUCUGUUUCACGAAUUGUGUGACUUUUAGCAGCAAGUGUCGAAUAAAGUGAAUCACUUUAAAGGCUGCGAAUACUUAUGCAGUUACUUAUUUUACAUUUUAUAUUUUCAGUUGUUUGACAUCACUUUCUUGUCAAAAAGCCCAAUUAAAUUGACCUUGUGGAAAAGCAGUAAAAUGGAAAAACUUCCAAAGAGGCUGAAUAUUGUUAUGCUGUAUUUAAUUAAUGGCAUGAACUAUGACAGACAUCAUUUUUCCAGGUUCCCGUGCUCCCUUGAUCUUUUUCUUUCUUUUGCAGAGUUGGUUUACUCAUCUGUAGGCGUGGGUUCUUCUACUGUAGUGACAGCGUCUUUCAUAAACCAGCUGCCUUUACAGAGGAGUUAUUUUUCAUUUGUCAUUUGGCAUGCAAAUGCCACAUUUGCUUCACCAUAACUGCAUACAAAGUGAUGCACGUGUUUAAAUAUACCGAUGACUGAAAGCCGUAAUGAGGCAUACUGCACAGCUUCAUGACUCUUUAAGUAGUCAUGUUAUUUGAUUAAUUUGAUUCAUUUUUUAAACUAUAUUACAGUUAUGACUUGAAUUGCCUUCUUGUUAAUUUGUGUGUUCAAAGAAUAUCAAAGUUGAUGUGUAUUAUUUUUUAGAUGUUAACUGUCUAUACUAGUUGAUUCAAGUUAUAUUUAUGUAUCCGUCCAUCAGCUUCCUCCACAUUUCUCCCUUUCUGUACAGACGAUACGUAUUGAGCCUGAAGCUGCAGUGGCGUAAAUGAUGAAAGGUGACAGGGAAUUUUCUAUGAAUUAGUAAAAUGGCUCAUUCGUAUUUCCUUUCCCGUGAAGCAACUUGCUUUUUCUAAAUUUGUAUCCACAGUGUUUAAAAAAAAAAAAAGUAAAAUGCCCAAUAAUAAGCCUUUAUGAAUUUCAGGUGAAUAUAUAUUAUCCAUGACGUCAAAUCUGAGCAUUUAAAAAAAUAUAAAAAUGUGGGGGGAUAACAUGUUAAAAUAAACCCUGUCUAGUCCAGUUUUUGAACCCUGUAAAAACUUGAGUAGGAGCCUGUGAACUGAGAAAUAUGAUCCAAUAAAACACUCAGACGUAUACAUGAAACAUUAACCGCAGGUUUUAAGCUCAGUUGAUUAGACUGUCAAAUUUUCACCAUUUGAAUAUUUGAAUUUGUUUACUUCACAUUUUGCAUUGACAAUGACAAGACAGUUCUGGCUGCAGAUAAUUCCAGGGUUUUUUUUCUUUUUUACCUUGGGGCUCCUGGUAAUUUUUGCUGGUUGCAUCUUUGUUUUAUUGUCCAUUUGCCAUUCAAAAAGUUUGAUUCGCUUGUUCGGUUUUAUAUUCGUGUGUUUUACACUGUUGUUAAUUUUGAAUAGUUCUUGUCAGGUUUCACUCAGGAGAACUUAAUAUGAACUGGUGAUGUUCAAAAUUACAAGCUUUCUCUUAUAUUCAUAUUACUGUACUGUUGUGUGUUGUACAUUUUUAAUUACAAAUGUGCAUAAACUUAUCUUGUGCUGAAACUUUACAAGAUUACAUGUGUGCAGGGCGUCGUUGAGCUCUCUGUGGGAGAUGCAAGGGUGGCAUUCUUAAAGCAGCAGAUUUUGCUAGUCGAGAAUUUUUUAUACUUGCAUUGAUUGCUUUUCUGCAAUGCAAUUAGCAGUGUUUGUUUUUUUUUAUUAUAUAUUUGUAAGAUUCUUUCAAGGAAAAAAUACAAUAUCUGAGAAUCAGCA